AUUUUAGCUUUGAAGAGCUCCGAAGGAAUAUAAUUUGUAUUGGAUAGGCUGAUGAACAAUUAGUGCUUGUUAUAUGAUGAGUCCAUAAACCUUGAAUUUGAAUAUCGGUAGGUUUCUCUGCCUUGUUGAAAUCAGCAGCCUAGAAACAACCUCGACAGAAAACAACAUUCUUGACAGCCAGAUCUAGGAUUUGAAACUUUUAAUUUUCAAAUAAAAGUUGUCUCAUUAAGUUCUGACAUUUGAAUAUCUGAAGAGGACCUGUAUGGAUAUCUGUUGCUUGGCAUUCAGAGGAUAUUCCUGUGCAAUCAGAAAUGAAAAACAGAUGAGAAUGCUAUGAAAAGAUACAUGGUAAAGAGAGAGACUGUAAACUUGAAUGCAACUGCAGUCAAAGAUUCUAAUUAAAAAUACUUCUGGAUCAAGUGUAUGUCUAGUUUCUUCUGAUUUGAAGGACCGGCUGUUAGAGAAAUAGUGAAUGUCUUUUAUCCAUCAAGAAAUUGGAUGUGUUUUGAAAUUUGCUCAGCAAAAUAUACAGUAAGUCUUCAAGAAACUCACUGCCGUUCUUAAUGAAAUAAAUGUGAAAUUAACCUUAUUCUUGUAAUGUUGCGAUGUUUGGUAAUUUUAAAAAGACUCACUUUCAAGUAGCAUUGGAGUACCGACUGUAAUCAAAGUUUCAAGAGAAAUACUGUAUAGUUUUUCAUUCUAGGAAACGUUAAAAAUUAAUGUGACAACAACACCAUGUCGCAGCAUGGAUAUUCAAGAGAUGGACAAGAAAAUCAUCACCAGAUACUUCGCAGAGUCAGUCAUUUCCGCCAAAGGGUUACCUCAGCUGUUCAGCGAUCUCUUACAAAAAGGCAUGGAAGAAAUUACGCUUCCAACACCUGGUCGGAUGAAAUCAUGCAUCAGGAUAUUGUUCCCCUCUGUGCUGAAGAUAUUGAAGAUGAGUUAAGAAAAAAGUUUGCAUAUCUUUCAGGAGGACGAGGAAGAGAUGGCUGUCCUGUCAUCACUUUUCCUGAAUUCUCUACAUUUAGUGAAAUUCCAGAAAAGGAGUUUCAAAGUGUUUUGACAUACCUCACUAAUAUUCCCAGUUCACAAGAUGCUGGAAUUGGAUUUAUCCUUGUCAUAGACCGCAGGCAAGAUAAAUGGACAUCAGUGCGGGCCUCUAUAAUGCGAAUUGCGACAUCAUUUCCAGGAAAUUUGCAACUCGUUCUAGUUUUGCGUCCAACUGGAUUCUUUCAUAGAACUCUCUUUGACAUUGCCUUUAGAUUUCAUGGAGAUGACUAUAAAAUAAAGCUGCCGAUCAUAAUGCUGAGCUCACUAACAGAACUAAAUAACUAUAUUGAUACAGCCCAACUAACUGAAGAUCUUGGGGGUUCCCUGGAUUACUGCCAUAAUAGGUGGCUUACACAGCGCACUGCUAUAGAGAGCUUUGCUCGAAUGGUUAAGCAGAUAGCUCAAACACUUCAAACCUUUGGGAAUGAGCUUGCAGAAGAAGAGCUACCAAAUGAUGCUCAGGCCACCAGCUACCUCCUUGCAACACAUACAGAAAGGAGAGACAAAAUGAAGGAAGGUUUGAAAAUAGCUUUAAGGCAAGGUGAUGAUAUUCUCCACGCUAUUCGAAAACCGGUCCUUGAAAACCCAGAGUGCAAACUGAAUCCAGAUCAAACAGAAAAUCAAAUUACUGUGGAAAGGCUUUUAUCUCAACUAGAUGAAACAGAAGCAGCUUUUGAUGACUUUUGGUGUAAACACCAACAGAAGCUUGAGCAAUGCUUACAACUUAGACAUUUUGAACUGGAUUUCAAAGAGGUCAAAAUAGCACUUGAUAGUGUGUCUGAGAAAUUACUUCAUUUCACAGAAAUGGGAAAUAGCAGUUCACACGUAGAGCACCUUCUGAAAGAUCUUGCCAGUUUUGAAGAAAAAUCACAAGAAGUUUUGGAAAAAGCCAGCCUACUAAUUUCCAAUGGAGACCAGUUUAUAGAAAACAAACAUUAUGCCGUGGACUCUAUUCUUCCCAAGUGCGGUGAACUCCAACAACACUAUGAAAUGGUUAUUUUAGAAGUGAAUAAAAAAAGGGAUCUCCUAAACCAUUCAUUUGAAUUACAUAGACAGUUGGAAAAGUGCAUGAAGUGGUGUGAUGAUGGAAUUUAUCUGCUGGCUUCUCAACCUGUAGACAAAUGCCAAUCACAGGAUGGAGCAGAAGCAGCUCUGCAGGAAAUUGAGCAAUUUUUGGACUUGGGUGAUGAUAAUAAACUCAGGGAACUAAGUUACUUGUCCAAAGAAUUUGAAGCUAUCUUCACUGAGGAAUUAAUGGAACAUGUACAAAAGGUUUUUCAGAAACAGAACAAUAUGGAAGAAAUGAUUCAAAAGAGGCAAGUCAGCCUUAAGAAACUGGCAGCUAAGCAGACACGCCCUGUUCAACCAGUGGCACCUAGACCAGAAGGAUAUCUAAAAUCAUCGUGUCCUUAUUCUGGCCUUCAAAUAGAGUCUGAAGAUUCAUCCAGUUCUGAUAACCAUGCAAUAAGGAGAGUGAAUGUCAGAAAAAUGAAGAGUGAGAUAAAUGAAAUGCAGCAAUCUAGAAAUGUUUCUGUGACAGAUGAUGAAGAAAAUCUAGCAGUGUUACGCAAACAUGUAAUGAAUGAACUUCUUGAAACUGAACGAGCUUAUGUGGAAGAACUUCUCUGUGUUCUUGAGGGCUAUGCAGCAGAAAUGGACAACCCCUUAAUGGCACAUCUCAUUUCACCUGGGCUACAAAAUAAGAAAGAUGUGUUGUUUGGAAACAUGGAAGAAAUCUAUCACUUUCACAACAGAAUAUUCUUGAGGGAAAUAGAAGAUUAUAUAGACUGCCCUCAACUGAUAGGACGUGGUUUCCUUGAACGGAUGAAAGACUUCAAAAUUUAUGAAAAAUAUUGUCAAAAUAAACCUCGAUCAGAAAGUCUUUGGAGACAGUGUUCAGAUUCAGCAUUUUUCCAGGAGUGUCAACGAAAACUUGAUCACAAGUUGAGUUUGGAUUCUUAUUUACUAAAGCCUGUUCAAAGAAUAACCAAAUAUCAACUCUUGCUAAAGGAAAUGUUAAAGUACAGUAAAAAUUGUGAAGGUGCUGAAGAUCUCCAAGUAGCCCUGUCGUCAAUACUGGGAAUUCUUAAAGCAGUUAACGAUUCCAUGCAUCAGAUUGCAAUCACUGGCUAUGAGGUAACUGGUAAUAUUUCUUCGUUUUUUCAUUGAAUUUGUUUGUUGCCCAUUGCCCAUCUUGCCACAAGGUGACUGGGUGGCUUACAACAUUAAAAUAAAACCAUAACUAUACACACAGAUGUUUAAAAUCACAUUAAAAUCGCAGUAAAUUCCAAGUUAUAACCAAAGCUAGCGGAAGAAAGGGACAAGGGGGUUGGUGGAGCUGGUAUUAGUCUAUCAACUACCUCCAGUGUGAUAUUCCCUCAUUGGGGGUCCAAGCCAACUGGCAGGUUUUGGUAUCUCAUAUUUUAUAGAUAGAGAAGCAAGACCAAGCCUGCAUAAGUAGUGCA